GAGUCCACAAUGCCUGCUCACUGUGCCGAAACAUGAUGAACCAUUCACCCCUAUGGGAAUUUCUCCUCCCAGCUUGCUAGCGUCAGCUACAUCUGUGUCUGUCAGCCUGAGUAGUUCCAGCAGCGGCAGCAUAGUGGCAGCAGCCGCGACUUGGCUCCGACAUCAAGCUGCCUCUCUGUGUCAUUCUGCUUUAACUCGCCGGAGAGGGAGCACAGCGCAUCUCGCUCUGCUUGCUCUUCAAGAAAAAGUUCUGUUUUGCUAAUUUUUUGGCUUCAGUGCAGAUUUGUUUCAAAUUCAUGAAUGAGAAAGGAAGGCAGCUUUGCUUUUAGAGGAGACUUUUUUGGAGCUCUUUGGAGAGUGCUCUCCUUACGCAGGGAUGCCCAAAGCGUUUCGCUGUCCACCCUGCCCUUCAGAUGGUUUCUUCUCUCCCUCUCUGUUCAGACUUUCCCCUCCGGAUCCCUUUGGCAUGCAAGGGUCAAGUCAGCAGGAUUUUUCUGCCACCAGAGUUCUCUUCAGCUGUGUUAUGAUCCUGUUCCUCGGUGCCACAACUGACCCAAAGGCUUCCCAGGCAAAACAAAGGGAUUAACUGUGAACUUUGCUCCCUUGGACAGACAACAGUGAGACUUGAUCAAAAUGCUUUUGCUUCACAUGGAAGAUCCAAACAUGCUUAUGAUGGAUGGACACCUGUAAUAUCCAGAAGACCAUGGAAGGAGAAAAUCUAGUUAACUUCAGCAGAAAUAACACUACAAAAGACGUCCAGCUGGUCACUCACAGUCUUUGGGAGGUGAUCACCAUCGCGACUGUGUCUGCCAUUGUCAGCCUCAUCACCAUUGUGGGCAAUGUUCUUGUAAUGGUCUCCUUUAAAGUCAAUAGUCAACUGAAGACAGUGAACAAUUACUACCUACUGAGUCUGGCAGCAGCAGACCUCAUCAUAGGGGUUUUUUCCAUGAAUUUGUACACCUCUUACAUCCUGAUGGGCUACUGGGCUUUAGGGGACCUGGCCUGUGAUCUGUGGUUAGCAUUGGACUACGUAGCCAGUAAUGCCUCUGUCAUGAACUUGCUUGUGAUCAGUUUUGACAGAUAUUUCUCCAUCACUCGGCCUCUCACUUACAGGGCCAAACGGACUCCUAGACGAGCUGGAAUUAUGAUAGGUUUAGCUUGGUUGGUGUCUCUGAUUUUGUGGGCCCCACCUAUUCUUUGUUGGCAAUAUUUUGUUGGGAAAAGAACGGUUCCUGAAAGGCAAUGCCAAAUUCAGUUUUUCUCUGAGCCUGUUAUAACAUUCGGGACAGCAAUUGCGGCCUUUUAUAUUCCUGUGUCGGUUAUGACAAUCCUCUACUGUCGGAUCUAUAAGGAGACAGAGAAGAGGACAAAAGAUCUGGCGGAACUUCAGGGGGUUAACUAUCAAUUGGACUCUGGAGAGACACAGCCUCAGAAGACCAUCAUAAGAUCCUGUUUUAGUUGCAAACUAAGAUCAACUUCACAUGAUCAGAACCAAGCCUCUUGGUCAUCUUCCAGCAGGAGCCAUGCCAAAUCCACUGGAUCCACUAGUGACGAGUGGUCCAAAGCCGGUCAGUUGACCACCUUCAAUAGCUACGCCUCCUCUGAGGAUGAGGACAGGCCAAUGUCUCCGGUGGGGCGCAAGCCCUCAGUCAGGAAUCAGGCUUGCGAAGCAAACAGAAUCAUUGUGGGCAGUGAGAGUGAGCAGCUCAGCAGUUUUGAUGACGACAGCUUCUUCCAGGGGCGUCCCAAAAGCAGCUCUCAGAAGAGUAGCAAAUGUGUGUCCUAUAAGUUUAAACCUGUGCCUAAAGAUGCUCACCAGAGCAAAAACGGAAACACCAAGUUGGUGUCCUCAACGUUUUCCUCGGCUGAAUCUAUGAGCGUUCCCUCGACCUCUUCAGUGUCCAAGCCUACAGAUACAUCGCUGAAAAGCCAGAUCACCAAGAGAAAAAGGAUGGUGCUGAUCAAAGAGAGGAAGGCAGCUCAGACUCUCAGUGCUAUCUUACUGGCAUUCAUCCUUACAUGGACCCCUUACAACAUCAUGGUGUUGAUUUCCACCUUCUGCUCAGACUGUAUCCCACUCUCCCUCUGGCACCUGGGCUACUGGCUGUGCUAUGUCAACAGCACCGUUAACCCCAUGUGCUAUGCCCUGUGCAACAAGAACUUUCAAAAGACAUUCCGCAUGCUGCUGCUCUGCCAGUGGAAAAAGAAAAGGAUUGAGGAGAAACUGUACUGGUAUGGACAGAACCCUGCAGUUAACUCCAAGCUCACAUGAAUGACUUUGUUUUAAGUUCUGGGAUCUUACCAACUAUCUUGGCUUUGUAAACUUGGACUCUACAUGUUAGUGUUAAUCAAUUCAUCUGGUGUCAUAAAGAGUAACUGCUGCUAAAAUCCUUCAAAAAGAAUGACUAUAUCCAGUGUGUUACAAACAUCAAACUUUUUCACAUUUUGUCAUUUAACUGCAAACUUCAUUGUUUUCCAUUGGGAUGUUUUGUAGGAAGGUGACACAAAGCAAUUUGCAAUGGUAAGGCAGAAAGACAAUGUUUUAACAAAUAAUAAUAAUAAUAAUAAUAAUAAUAAUAAUAAUAAUAAUAAUAAUAAUAAUAAUCUAAAUUAUAGCAUGCAUUUGUUUUCCAUCAUUUGCUGCUAUAAUAGUCUUUUGGAGGAAGUUUCAACAAUAAUGCAGAUCAAGAGAUGGAAAUUUAUGCACACUCAAAUGAACACAAAAGUUAAAGAGAGUACCAAUGAACAUUAGUGUUCAAUUCUUGCCAAAAUGCCUCUUGUGGAUUUAGAUCUGUAGUUUGACUUAGAAAUUCUAACCCAUAAAUAUGCCUUGAUCUAAACAAUUCAACUGUAACUCUGGUUGCAUGUUUCGGGUCAUCGUUUUCCCAGAAGAUUAACCUCUGCUCCAAGCAAGUUUUUUUUUUGUUUUGUUUGUUUUUUUGUUGUUUUUGCAGUCUCUGAUAGGUUUACUAAUGGGAUUGACUUAUAUUUAGCUCCAUUCGACUUCCAAAAAACAUAAUUAAUCCCCAUAGCAUAAUGCUGCUAUGGCCACGUUUCUCCAUGGGAAUGAUGUGUUCAGGGUGAUGUGUGGUGUUAGUUUUUCUCCACAACGGUCUCCUGCAACCUACAUGGCUGAUGGAAAACUGGAAAUGUUCUUACGGCUUUCUGUUAGCAACAUUUCUUCACCAGUACUAUCAUACAAACCUCCUAGGUUUUCUCAGAACAUCUCUGUUAAUAUUGAGAUUAAAUUACACUAAUUUACUAAUAAAGUGAUAUUUGAUAGCAGUUGAACGCACUGGAUAUUUUAUAAGACUAAAACAGUAAAACACAGUGAUUAUAGAUGUAUGUAUACCUGAAUAAAGGUAUACGUAUAUAUAACCAUUUAAGAACCAGGUAUCAAACCUUAUCCAAUCCAAGACACAAUUAUCAAUUAUGUGCACUUCUUGUCAUAUAAAAUCCCACAAAAAAAGUUUUUUUUUUUUUUUUUUGUGGUUGUCAUGUGACAAAUUGUGAAAAAGUUUGAGAAGCUUAAAUACUUCAGAGAAACUGUAAAUGUGACAUUGUAAAUAAGUUUAAAAUUAAAACCACAUAUCCCAUCAGAUUCAUAAUCAAGGCAUGCUGUGCAUUUUGUUACAUAUUAGCCGCUAGACGCAAUUUGGCAACCUAAAAUCCGAUAACUUUUUAACAAUAUUGUUUUGCUAGCUAGAUUUAAUUUUGAAGGGCUAAUGUUUUACAUGUUCUAUUGUUUGAACAUUUAACAUUUGUACUUGAUCUUUACAAGCCUUUACACGCUUGUCUCUGUGCUUUGUCAGACAAUUAAGUAUAAAUUCGGCUCCACUUGUCAUACUGAGGAUACUUUUUAAGACAAACUUGUAGAUCAAUGUAAAUGACUUGCUUUUAUUGUAAAUGUUUACAGUAGGAGGGAGGUUGGGGAAUACCAUCUUUUAUUGCUGUCAUCCUCAGGAUUAGGUUUUUCACUGGGAUC